UCUUGCUUAAAAAACAUAUGGGCGAAAACUCUUGUAUAAAAAGGAACCCUGAAGAGAUCCAAGUCACAACACUUCUAAAAGUCAACUCUGCAAGACCGGUCUUCUUGUACACCAUCAAGUUCAGUCAUCCCAAGUAACAACAAUGGAUUCCUUCAAACUCGCUUUGAUCCUUGUAGCUUUGGUCGUUGUGGCUUACGCCAAAGAAGCUUCCAACGCGGACUUGGAUGUCUCGGAGUCGAAGAAGCGGGGCUAUGGCAGCUAUGGAGGUUAUAGCGGUGGAUACAACAGCGGAUACGGCCAAGGUAGAUAUGCACAAUCCUAUUACCAACCAGCCAGUUAUGGAGGUUAUAGCAGCGGAUACGGCCACGGUGGAUACGGCCACGGUGGAUACGGCCAAUCUGGAUACCGCCAAUCUUACCAACCAUCUUAUCAACCAUCUUAUCAACCAUCUUAUCAACCAUCCUACCAACCAGCAUACCAAUCAUACUACCAGCCAUCCUACCAGCCAUCCUACCAGCCAUCCUACCAGCCAUCCUACCAACCAUCUUACCAACCAGCCUACCAAGUUUCCUACCAACCAGCCUACCAACAAUCUUAUCAACCAUCCUACCAUCAGUCAGCCUACGGAUCCUCCUCUCACUACUGAUACUAAGCUAUUGUCGUAAACAAAACAUGUAAUCAUUAAGGGUGUUUCUAUUUAACUAAUGCUCGUACGUCCAACAUCUACCAUGUGAUGAGUCUCAACUUUGAACAAAUAAAUAACCAUAGCCAGUGUA